CGUCGCGAUUGGUUCAAAAUCCAUAACUGGCCUCCGAGAGCCAGGUGUCGUUCACACCGCGGCCUCGCGCGCCUCGUCUCGUAACUCGUUAAUCACUCGUGUUCGCUAUUGUUAUAGCGCGUCGUACAGCCAUCUUUGUCAAAUUACGGGCGAUUCAUUUCAUUAAUUUGGAUUGGUUUAACAAAUGGAACAAAACAUUGAUAGUGUUACUGACGCGACGCGUAGUGGAAUCAAGCUCAUUUUAACAUUCUCUUUUGUUUUAUCGCCGACAACGCUUUGUUGAAUGGAAGCGUUACAACGUUUACGGCGUUAACGAUCAGUCGACCAUUAAAAUGAUGGAUGAUGUCGUCUUUUGCAAAAACUGUGUGAAGUGAUCUAUUUACUAAAUAAUGUAAACGGUGUUUUUGGUGUUUACGUUUGGGCGUUCAUGUGAUCAAAACUGCGUCUUAAUUGUCGUACACAUUGCAUAAAUGACUGGAAUGGCGUUGCGGAGCGCGCGGGCCGGAGCAUGCGCGCCAGUUUCCUUGCUAUCGCUGGGAACGCACUGAAAUGUCCUUCGUUUAUGUGCAUAUCAAAAUGGGAAGGUCCAGGUUCCCAGGGAAACCACUCAAGUUUCAUAAUAGAAAACGCAUUAGUGUAUUAUCGGGCACUGUUUACCACGAAAAUGCUGCAGAUAACCAUGCAGCCAGCCGCAGCUCGGCAACCAAUGACUUUUCUGGGGAGAAAGAGGAAGAAGAAAAGAAGGAGAAUAAUAAUGAAAAAGAGGCAAAUUCAGAGAGCAGUGAAGAUAAAGAGAGUGUAGUGAAUGAUAAACAAGAAAACCAAGAAAAUAACAGUGAUCCCUCUAAAUCACCAGUGCGAACUAGGUCACAAAAUAAAAUGGAACCUCAGAAAAGUGAUAAAGUCAAACCAGUAAAGAAAACAGUGACAUUUGGUACAGUUGAAAGUUGUGAGGACACAUUCUUACCUCUGAAAAAAAUUCCCAUAAAACACCAUGCUCCACUUGUGUCCAUUAUUAAAAAGAAAUCUGCUCUUAAGCAAACAGAGCAUUGUUUUAAUGGUAUUUUAAAACCUGCAAAAUUAACUGAUUUGAGCUCCAAAUCUUCGUCGGAAUAUCAAGAGGGUUAUGUAAAGAAAAACCUAUCAAAAGCAACAAAUAAGUUUUCUCAAUUCACUGAGAGUAGGUGUAUGUCUCCUCCACCAAGGAUUAAUUCACCAAUUGAGAAAGAAACCAUUGGUUCAGUUAAAUUUCUGCCAGUAAGAAGCAGCCAUUCAUCGAGAGUUAUCAAACCUAAUAAAAGAUUUAUUGAUGGAGAGGAACAGUCAUCUGUACCAAGUAGCAUCAGCUCUGGAAAAGUUCUUAAGAAACCAAAAUUAAAGAGGCUAGUAUUUAAUAACUUGCAUGAUGAUGAAGAUUCAGCACCAGAGGAGGAAACAGAGAAGAGUGAUAAUCGGGAUAAGCAAUUAUUAUCGCCAUGCAGCCUGUUUAAAGAGAAGACAAAAAAUUCAUUUACAGGUUCUCGAAAAGUAACACAGGAUUUGUUUUCAUAUGAAAAAGAAUCUGAUUUUCCUCAGGAUGAAAAUUCAAAUAUUGAUGAGAAAUUAAAAUCCCCUGAACAUAAUAAAGAGCAAAGAUCUGGUCACACUAUGAGAAAACUUAUGGACAUAUCUGAUGCAAGUACAUCAAGUAAUUCAAGUAGUGGAUCAGAGUCAGAGGAGAGUUGGGAUAGCGAUAGCCCAAGAAAUAGUGGUGAUGAUGAUGAAAAACAACCUUUAGUUAGCCCAGAGAAAGAUAAAUCAUCUGCUUCUCAAUUGUUAAGUGGGAAAGUUAUUAUAAGAGAAGCAAGAUUACAACUAGCCACAACACCACCUGCAUCUGGGUUAGAUGGGCCAUUCUCAGCACUUAGUGCACCUACUUCAAACAAUCCACCAACAACUGUGACGUGCGGAGUUUGUGGUGCAGUACGAUUUUAUAAAUUUGUCAAGCAAGCUAGAAAAUUUGGUAUAUAUUCAUGCGAGUCAUGUCGUAAAUUUGUAUCAAAAUUACUUAAAAAAGACCGGAUGGCAUUACGAACAUCACCACUUGUUCUGCAUUGUGUAAGAGGUGAAGGUAAUUGUCAAGUACCACCCAUAGUACGUUCACAGCAAUGGAAAUUGUUUAAAUGCUCCAAUAAAGCAAGAUGUCCAGCUUGCUGGCUGAAACUAUGCUUAAAAGCUUUCCAAGUACCAUCAGACAAGAAAGCAAUUUUAAUGUCUAUGCUACCAUCAUACAUGAAACCUGGAUCUAAAUCCAAUGUGCCUCUAGCACAAUUGAAAAUGGGAUCUAGUACUACUACAGCUCCAGUCUUUAGUGGCUUAUCUACAAAUGAAACAGAUAAUAAUAUCUUCUCUUUGAAAACAUCAAAGAAAAAUGAAGGAUUUGAGGAGGACAGUUUGAAACCGCAAAAAGAACGACACAAUGAAAAGGAGAAGGAUCCUGAUAGCAACAGAAAACGUCGCUUGGCUAAAAUUAAAGUUCGAAAGAAAGAUAAGAAUGACUCCAAACAAAUUGAGGAUCCCAAGCGACAGAAGAUGGAGUUAAAAGGACCUCGGGUUAAACAUGUAUGUCGAAGUGCUUCAAUUGUCCUGGGACAACCUAUUGCUACAUUCCCAACUCAAGAAGAAAGGGAGAAACCAGAAAAGCCAGUUCAAUCUGAUGAUGAUGUUCCUAUGACUGUAAUAGAAAAAGACCGAGUAACACCAGACUUAUCAAGCUGUGAAUCUGAAGAUACAGAGAACAAAUUGCAAAUAGUUCCUGAGCCUCUUUUGAAAGAUAGCGAUCAAGAAGUACAUAUUGAACCCAAAAAGAGAAAGAUUGAAGUACCAGUUGUUACAAAACACGCUAAAAUUGAAUCUAGUGAAGAUGAAACUGUCCUUGAUUUGGUUCCAAAGAAAUCAAGCUUAAAGCCAUUAACAAAUAUUACAAAUAUACGUGGGCGAUCCCAAAAAUGCGGUCAAAAUCGCCCAGAGCUAAUCUGCGUUGAUUUUUGGGAGAGUUAUGAUCCUGACGAAGUAUGCAAUUCUGGUUUUGGGUUGAUUGGCACAGCUCCCUUUACAGUGGCCAAGUUGUGUUUUUUGUGUGGAAGUGCAGGGAAGGAAAAGAUGCUGGUGUGCUCCAGCUGCUGCGAGUGGUACCACAGCUGGUGCGCGGAGGACGCGGGCGGUGGCGACGGGUGGACGUGCGCGCGCUGCGUGUGGUGCGCCGCGUGCGCGCGCCCCGCGGCCCGCCUGCGCUGUCGGUCCUGCGCGAAGCACUACCACGCCGCUUGCUUGCCCUCCGCGCCGCCGGAUCACCGCAGUGACUGGCCGCAGAUAUGCAGUGCAUGCUUAAAAUCAAAUGUGGAGUACAUCCUAUAUAGCAUUUACACAUCAUCAUCAGCUGAUAUGUAA